UGUGAUCCAAGAUUAUGAACUCACUUCUCAUGUCGAUUAAGGCGGGUAGGGACGAGGCCGGGCCUCUCAACCAAUGAAGUUAAUGACCACGAGAUGAAGCACCGUGUGGGCGAACAGGAAGUCGGCGAAGGCUCUCUCCGGGGAGAUGGACAGGAAGUCACCUUUGUUCUGAGGGUUUAUCUGGAUCCGCAGGCACACUGUGGGAGACGGGAGGAUAACGAACGGGGCUCAGCACAGGGCUGGUGGCCAUCUUGGAGGCCCACGUCCAUGUCUCUCCUGAAGAACACAGAAGCUAAGAUUCUGGCCUGUAUUCAGAAUGACCUGUGGGCUCGCUUUGUCACCCUCCCCACUCAGGACAGGAUAUGGACCCUCACUGUGACCAACAAGCACCUCCGCAAAGCCCCUGAGAAGGUACCCCAGACCCCGCUGGUGAUGGUGCACGGGUUCGGGGGCGGGGUUGGGCUGUGGAUUCGGAACCUGGACCCCCUGUGCCGGUCCCGCCCCCUGCUGACCUUCGACCUGCUGGGUUUCGGGCGCAGUUCCCGCCCCCUCUUCCCGUCCGACCCCGCCCAGGCCGAGGAGCGCUUCCUGGACUCCAUAGAGCAAUGGCGCCAGGCCAUGGGCCUGGAGCGCAUGAUCCUAUUGGGCCACAGCCUGGGCGGUUACCUAGCGACGUCCUACACCAUUCAGUACCCCGAGAGGUGAGUGUAAUGGUGCCCCUCUCUGGGAGGUGCGGGAUCAAUUCAGUUCAGUUCAGUUUAGAUAAUCCCACCCUGGGGUUUCCCCGAGCGACCCCAGCCCUCGGAGGAGGGGUCAGGAGGUCAGGGGUCGGAGGUGAAGAGGCCGGCUCCUCCUCGCUGGGUGAAGGCCGUGGCCUCCGUCGCCUCCAUGUUCAACCCCCUGGCGGUGAUCCGAGCCGCCGGGCCCUGGGGUCCCGGUUUAGUGAACAGAUUCCGCCCAGACUUUAAGAGGAAGUUUGAAGACCUCUUUGAUGAUGACACCAUGACACAGUACAUUUACCACUGUAACGCCCAGAGCCCCAGCGGAGAGGUGGGGUUCCGGGCGAUGUCGGAGUCUCUGGGCUGGGCGAAGAGGCCGAUGCUGGGGAGGGUGCACCUGCUGCCCCCCUCCCUGCCGGUGACCCUGCUGUACGGGGCGCGGUCCUGGGUCGACAGCUCCACCGGGAAACGGGUGGAGCAGCUCCGCCCCCUGGGCACCACCCGCGUCCUGAUUGUGGAAGACGCGUCUCACCAUGUCUACGCUGAUCAGCCAGAAGAGUUCAACAGAAUGGUGCAGAAAAUAUGUGACAGUGUGGACUAAGUGUGUGCGUGUGUGCGUGAGAGUGAGAGAGAGAGAGAGUGAGAGGGUGUGUGUGUGUGUGUGUUUGUCAGCCUGCGACGCACAGCUACUGUAUCAGAGUAGACAGAGUUGGUUUAGAGAUUUUUUUUCUGAAGUUACAGUAAAGCACCAUAUCACAGUCUCCCAUAGGGGGCAGCACUGUCCACUGUUAGCAGAACGCAACGCAGUCAGAGCUUUUUGCUGAAAAUGAAACAGCCUCGAGCCUGCAGGCAGACUUUUCUCACAUUUUUAACAAAUUUAUCAAUAAAAUACUGCUGAAAUCCAA